AUAUUAAUUAAAAAAAAAGCGGUUUUGGGUGUCGGAAUGCUAUUAGUAAAACAAAAUUGCUACUAGAGGUAGCUGCUGAAGUGAUAGCGCUAGCAAGUUUACUGGAAAACCCUAGAAACCAGCGGCUCUUUCUUCCAUUUUCGCUUCUUUAGGCGGCGGUAACUCAGAGGUCGUUUUCUUCUUCUUCACAAGACACAAUGGCAGAUGGUCAUGAAACUGACAAGAACAUCGAGAUUUGGAAAAUAAAAAAGCUAAUCAAGGCACUAGAAUCUGCCAGGGGAAAUGGGACCAGCAUGAUAUCCCUCAUUAUGCCUCCUCGUGAUCAAAUAUCCCGUGUCACAAAGAUGUUAGGUGAUGAAUUUGGAACUGCAUCGAACAUCAAAAGUAGGGUCAACCGUCAGUCUGUGUUGGCUGCCAUUACUUCUGCUCAACAGAGGUUGAAGCUCUAUAAUAAGGUUCCCCCCAACGGGCUGGUGCUGUACACUGGGACAAUUGUUACUGAAGAUGGCAAGGAAAAGAAGGUGACAAUUGACUUUGAACCUUUCAAACCUAUAAAUGCAUCUUUGUACCUCUGUGAUAACAAGUUCCAUACUGAAGCUCUGAAUGAGCUUUUAGAGUCUGAUGACAAGUUUGGAUUUAUAGUCAUGGAUGGUAAUGGCACGUUAUUUGGUACGUUAAGUGGAAACACAAGAGAGGUACUUCAUAAGUUCACUGUGGAUCUACCAAAGAAGCAUGGAAGAGGAGGACAGUCAGCCCUUCGAUUUGCUCGUUUGAGAAUGGAGAAACGGCACAACUAUGUGAGAAAAACUGCAGAACUGGCCACCCAGUUCUUUAUUAAUCCUGCAACCAGUCAGCCCAAUGUUGCUGGGCUGAUACUGGCUGGUUCAGCUGACUUCAAGACUGAAUUGAGUCAGUCAGACAUGUUUGAUCCUCGUUUACAAGCCAAGAUUUUGAAUGUUGUUGAUGUGUCUUAUGGAGGUGAAAACGGUUUUAAUCAAGCUAUUGAGUUGUCUGCUGAAAUCUUGUCGAAUGUGAAGUUUAUACAAGAAAAGCGAUUAAUUGGAAAAUACUUUGAGGAGAUAAGCCAGGAUACUGGAAAGUAUGUGUUUGGCAUAGAUGAUACGUUGAAGGCUCUGGAAAUGGGUGCUGUAGAAACCCUUAUUGUGUGGGAAAAUCUAGAGAUCAAUAGGUACGUGCUAAAGCACAGUGCAACCGGAGAAAUUAUCAUAAAACACCUGAAUAAGGAGCAGGAGGCUGAUCAGAGCAACUUCCGUGAUCCUGAAACCUCUGCAGAGUUGGAAGUUCAAGAAAAAAUGCCCUUACUCGAAUGGUUUGCCAACGAGUACAAGCGCUUUGGUUGUUCUCUUGAAUUCGUCACAAACAAAUCCCAAGAAGGAUCACAGUUUUGCAGAGGCUUCGGUGGCAUUGGAGGUAUCCUCCGCUAUCAGCUUGACAUAAGAUCAUUCGAUGAGCUAUCCGAUGGAGAAGUUUACGAGGAUUCUGACUGAUAAAGCACUACUUAAAGAUGGCAUGAUGGCUUGAGAGCCUAUAGAGCCCCGAUGUGAUGCUUCGUGUUUUUACUUAUUUCACCUUUUGAUUUCAAAAACUAUAGACACUGUUGGUUUGGUUUUUGCUGAAUUGUGCUCUCUCUGUCAAUUGGAUUGUGAUUGCUUGUAAUCAGGAACCGUUCAUUGUUGUUUACUUCUUCGGUGUUCCGUGCAA